AUUAUUCGAAAUUUCAGAUAAAUAUGGUAGGUGGAUACUAUGACGCUGGCGACAAUGUGAAAUUCAGUUUUCCUAUGGCAUUCACAAUGAGCAUGCUAGGUUGGAGUGUCUUAGAAUUUGGAGAUCUGAUGGGUUCAGAGUUGCAAAAUGCAUUGGAAGCAAUCCGGUGGGGAAGUGCUUAUUUCCGUAAUGUAGUUGUGGCGCAAGUUGGCAAUCCCAAUGCCGAUCACGAUUGUUGGGAGAGGCCAGAAGACAUGGAGUCAUGGACACUCUUCGAACCUCGUACUUUGUUUCUAAAACCUGAGAUUGCAGCCGCACUUGAAGCAUCUUCCUUGGCAUUUAGGAUACGCUAUUAAUUAAAUUAAAUGUAUUAAUUUCAAUUUCAAAUCUAAUUAAUGUUAGUUUAUGUCCCUAUGUAUGGGAUAUUUAGGUGUUUGACUUUGCAAAUAAUAAAUACCGUAGAUCUUAUAAUAACUGCCUCGGUGCGGGAGCAUGCCCCUUCUACUGUGAUUAUAGUGGCUACAUUGUUACAAUUUAAUUUCAAGCUUAUAAUUUUUAAAGGGAAAAUCAAAUUAUUAUUAUUAAUGCACCAAAUUCAGG